GCUCUUGACAGCGAAAGUUGUUUGAAAAUGGCGUCCUCAAUAGUUUCACGGUAACCACUUGAUAUGAUGGAUUAGCCUCUACACAAGCCAUGUAGUUGGAGAUUUGGUCAGCGUGAUUGUUUCAGCUGUAAAUAGUUACGACAUUGCUUUUAAUCCAAUGAUGAGGAAAAAUUAAUCCAGAAGAAAGACACAACCCAGUGAUACAGUUUCAACUCGAUCAAGCAGGUGCGUGUUCAGACAUCAAAGCCAUGAUGGAACCAGUAGACAAGGUCCUGAUACAGCAGAACAAGAUCAACAAGAUCCAGGGUCAGAUCGAGAAGGUGGAGCAGCAGAUGAUGGAGCAGUCGUCGAUCCUGGGCCACAUCGAGCAUCUGCACGGAGUGGAGGAGCAGAGGACAAAGCGCAUCAUGCAUCGUCUGGGCAAGAGAAACUAUGUCCUGAAUAACGAGGUGGAGAGACUAUAUGGGAAACAGAACACCAGGAGAUUCAGUGACACUCCUUUGGGGUCAGGGGUCAUGAAUGACAUCAUGUAUCAUCGUACAAAGGAGCACUCCCUCGCACAACAAGAAGCGUCCCUGAAAAUACAAUACCUGAAGAAGGAACGCCAGAGGCUCCAGGAUGCCAGAGAGAGGCUGCGAGAACGGCGGAACAACCUGACGUAUGCCCCGUCCCCUGUUGGAAGCGAUGUGUUGGCCGCCAACCCUAAUGUCAGCCCCAAUAUGCUUGGAGUGGGGACCCCGAGCGAACACAGUGCCCACUCCGCCGGGUCGUAUGUCCGACGCGCAGUGGAUGAUCUCCCCUACGCCAUGGACCGCAUUUACAGACUUAGGGAGGAGAUUCGAGCUGAAUAUGAGACGAAGAAGAGGCCGUACAAUGGGGAACUUGGCCUGGAGACAUACGACCACUGGCAGCUAGGGGACUACGUCAUCGUACGCAAGCUGGUGGAGGACAUCAUCGACGACUUCCUCAUCCACUACAUCAAGCCAGACAUCCACAUCUACGAGGCAGAGAUGAGGCAUGCCAUAGUACAAGCCGAGAAUGAAGACUGGGAGAGGACGGCAGGGGCGCUGGCAGAGAGACGAGCCGUCACACUGGUUGCCGAGGAGCUCAUGCUGCUGGCAACAAGAGAAUUGUCACGGGAGGUUGCCCAGGAAACAGUUCACAUUUUUGGCACAUUUCACAAUUUUACAACACGUAUGCUUCUCAAUACAGUGGAGAGUAUCAGUACGGGGCAGGAGAAAGGUCGCGACCCUGAAGAUCCAGCAUUCAACCUGGUGUCCCGUGGCUACUUCUCCAUGCAGACCAAUAGGAACCAGCACAGGAAGGAUAUAUGGGCGCACACACAGCACCUCCACCACAUCAAACCUCAACAGCAGCACCCGCAACCACGACCGCAACAACAACCCCAGAAGGCAAAACAACAAAAACAAAAACAGCAGCCUAAGCCCCAACAACAUGUAGAACCAGAGGAAGAGGAGGAGGAUGUUGAUGCUGAUGUGGAGGUGAUCAAGUACGACCACAUCAAGCCGAUGUCGCUGAGGAAGUAUGAGUCGUCACGGUCGGACUCAAAGGAGGUGAAUCGUGGGAAGGAAUUCGCCAAGAUCUACCACAAGAGGGAACAGCAGUACUGGAAAGGGUUGAAGACUGCUGUGAAGAAGCUGAUCGUUGGCAGGAAGUGCAAGGGUGUGCAGACAGCAAGAGUGUCACAUGACCAGCGAUUCCUUGCUUUGGGUACAGCACAUGGUGAUUUGGUUGUGUACGAUACUUGGAUGGCGCCAUGGCGGCCUGUCAGAGCCAUCCACAACAUUGACCGAGCUAACGACGGUGUUAUAGAUAUAGCAUGGAGUAUGGACGGGUCCAGACUUUCCACCAUCAACACAGGGGGGAUGCUGAUCGUGUGGUCGUUCGAUGGUGGAGGGACCCAGAGGUCGGACGUACGGGGUCUGGACAUUCAGGCCGACUCAGCUGGCUACAUUCCUCAGCAGCUGGCACGUAUCGCACUCCUUGAUGGCGACAAGAAGGAUUUCACCUACCAACAAGGUCCGUUUUCUGAGCAGGAUGUGUUGUCUAGUCCCCAGAGUCCUGUCAAGGGGGCGUUCUUCCCCAGCUUUACACUGCUCGGAACACAGCACUCUGUGUGUGCCUGUCUGGACAAUGGGGACAUGCUGAAGUGCAACCUGGAGCCGCUGUCCGUGAUGGCCGACACUGACCAGACUAUGGAGUACUCGGAGGCCCCAACAAUCUACCACUCCAACAUCUAUGAUGCAAGUUAUGGCAUCAAUCUGAUUGGACAAGGCUUGGAGGCAGAACUGUUCCGUCAACACAAACAUCCCAUUAUAUACAUCGGCUUCGUCGACAAGCUGGGAAACAUUGUCACUGUCGAUAUAAAGGGUUUCAUCAAUAUGUGGAAAUAUGACAGGCAGCACAUAUCCGGAUUCGGCUGGUUUCUGCCACAAAAGAAGUACCGCAUCCAGAUGUCCAAGAUCAUGUUCUCCCCGUCCCGCACAGAGAAACCGAAUGUGAUAUUUACAGACAAAAUAAAACAAUCAAAGAAGACAAGACAAGAUGUAGCUCGGGAGAGGAAGAAGUUGGAGACGACCCUGCAGAACAUGCAACUUGGAGACCCCUGGCACGAAACCUUCAUGGACGACCAGGGUCUGCAGUCGACAGUGUACGCCCCCAAGGGAGAAGUGAAGGAAUCGGGCGCCAUGUUCCACGUUAUCCUGCGAUACCAGGGGACUAGUCAGAUUUCAACCUACCUCACGCGCUUGUACAAACCAGAAAAGGUGAAGUGUUCUGGCAUCCUGGAGGUGUGUCAGACGUCCAGUGGGAGGGACAUGGUGUUCCUGCUGUUGUACCCCCAGUUCCCGCCCAAAGAUGCACAUAUGACAGUUCUGGUCCUUGACCUUCGAACUAUGAAGUUGAAGGACAUUAGACGGGACAUCCCUCUGACGGACGCGGAAUACAAGGAAGUGCUGCAGAAGGAUGUUGUAUCUUGUGAUGUUUCCCGAGUGUUUGGGCCGACAGGCUCUGAGUACCUCUUCCUGACAUUCAAUGGCCGUCUGCGUGUCUUGUCCCUCAACACAGGCAAACUUGUGAUGAGAGCAGAAAAUGUGUCCAGGCCAUCGUACUUUGGCGGGAAUGCCCUUGACGAGAGGCUGCUCCCCCUUCAGGCCAAUGCCGAAGUUACAACUGUGUGUAGUGGCGGCAGGAUCUACGCAGUCCUGUACAGCAUGACAUCAACUGUUCUGCACAUCCUGGAGGUGAGAGACGAGCACGACCACGACACACGCAGGAUGAUGAUCAAAGCAUAUCAAACAGGGUAUGACACAGAAAUGGUAGGCAGUGAGAUUCGUGUGGAUCCUGUUGCCUGGCAACAGAACGACCUUCAGCACAAGACGGUGGAGAUGCAGAAGCUGGUGAUGGAGGCUGUCGACAAUGCUGUCGGUCAUCGGGGACGGGGGACGCCCAGCAAGAGCCAACAGUUGGACCAAGCCCUCAAGGACAAGACAGAGAUGUACUUGGCACUGGAGGACAAGGUUGACUCGGCAGCGCUCCUGGAUGGAGUGUCACCCGAUGAGCGCAGGCGAGCGGAACGCUGAGGAACACCGGAACCACGAAACCAUAUGCCAGUGGUAUUCCUGACAAGAGUGGAUCAGUAUACUACUCAAGUUUUGAUUGGGAUUGUCCAUGUGGGAAUUGAAUGAGAGUGGUCGCUUGGAGAUGUUAUCAAACUGAAAGUGUUCAAAAACUCAUUGGAGGAAAUGUUUCUAUGUUUAUGUCUAUGUCCAUCUUCCCGAGGCAAGGGAGUUAACUGACUAUAAAAGUCUGGAAUUCCUCAGGUAAAUAUUGGCUGGACUAACGAGUCUAUGCAUAGUCCAAUCAAAAUCGCAUGACAAACUGGUUAUCCGACUGGUCAAUAGGAGGCACAUAGAAGGGACAUAACUCGUAAUAGCCACCCACUGGUGGCGCUACGAUCAAGCCCAGAAAUUCCUGCCUAGUUCAGCAAGGGUAGAAGCUGGACUUUUAUGAUCAGUUAAUGACCUUGCCUCAGGAAGAUGGUCUAUGUCAAAGUUUCUUGCUAUGAAACCCAGGUUUCCAUAUUGAUGAGAAAGUUUUAUGACAUUCAAGUCCAUAAUUCAAUAAGGGGUGGGUACAGGUGGGCACAGGUGGGCAAGUACUGAGUUCCGACCCUUAGGUUCACCAGUGACCUCUGAUCGUGGGUUUGAAUCCAAGUCCACCUAGGUUUGUCUGAGCCAUAACUAUGCAUAGGGUUUCACCAGAAGGGUAAACAUCGAAGACCUGCAUCACUUCAGCGUUUCCUCCCACAUUAAGCUGACGUCCUGAUGUAACUGAAAUACUGUUCAAAGCGGCGUGAAAUAACAAGUUCACUUCGGGUGGUCAGUGUGAGAUCAUGUCUUCAGGGGGUAGCCAUGUGGUUGAGGUGGUGGUCUCUAUGCAGAAGGAACGGGUUCAAAUCCCACAAGGGUACAAUGUGUAAAGAUCAUUAUUGGUAAAACUGACAUAAAACUAUACUCACUUUUUGAUUGUUGUGUGUCAAUCUCAUUAAAAUCAGAUCUUGGGUAUCGCUCCCGCCAAACAAAGAUCUGAGGACAUCCCAUUACAGGUCACGUCAGAACGACCUUUCA